AUGACUCAAUGUGCAAACAAUCCUGCCAUAUCCGGUUCAAAUUCCCGCCUUAUAUUGUCGCGCGUACUGCUCGCCGUCGCAUACCUUAUCGCGGUCGCCGUCGCAGUCCUCUCCUUCUCCCCGCAACUCCGCCUGGCGGAGCGGCGAGCAUCGCCUGCUCGGGGCGGCGGGUCAGGCGUUGAAUACGGGCAAGAGGAUGUCGAGGGGCGGUACGGAGGCCGUCGAGCGCGGCGAUUGGAAGACGAAGAGGCCGCAUUUAACGCGAGCUUCGACUUUAGUCUCAACGAGACGUGGAAGGAGGGAUUCUUCAACAUGACGCUCGAGAUCGAGAAGUGGCGGGCUGGCGGCGGCUGUGAUCGUUUUCGUGAGCGCUUCUCGUCGCACCUCCACGUGGACUUGCUGCAAGACGACGACCCCGCCUCCUGGCCUCCCAACCCCUCGCUCCAGCCGCUGUCGCUGCCCGAGUGUCCGCGGAUACAGCAGCGGCAUGUGAGCGUGCGCGUGCAGCCGCCCUUCGUGUGGUUCGGGCAGCGCUUUGGCAACCGCCUGGGGCUGGAGGGCUCUCACACGUGCGCGCACUGCGGCCUCACGUGCACGUUCUCCUGGGAGGAGCAGGUGGUGCCUCGCCCCGACGUGCUGCUCUUUGUGCGCCAGUACGGCCCUCUCAAGGAGGCCGAACAACGGGCCAUGGAUGCGCUGACCACACGGCCUCCCCACGAGCGGCCGCUACUGGCCCUGCUGGACCCCGAGGCAGCCCCCACGGGCGCCACAGUGCCCGACCGCGAGAUCUUCUCCCCGUGGGUGCCCCCGGAGCAGCGCGCGCAGUGGGACGUGCUGGUGGGGUACCACCGCGACAGCGACGUGCAGAUCACCUAUGUGGGCAUGAACGAUGACGAGGCGCGGAAAGACCUCGUCUCCAACAUCAAACUCGCUGGUGUGCCGCUGUACCGUGCAGGGUCGCAGCAAGCGCGUAGGGGAGUGCCGCUGUACCGUGCGGGGUCGCACUGUUCUGUGCACUGGAGGGAGGCGAUGGUGAAGGACAUUCUGCGCGUGCACACCACGUGGGCGGCAGGCGUGGAUUCUGGCAAGUCAACGUUCACCUCUCCUGUCAUUGUGUUGCCCCUCGUCCCCUCCUCUCCGGCCCUCCCCACCCGACACCCCACUCUUCCUCCACCCCAUCCUCACGCGCCCUGCAGCACGCCUCUGGACAAGUGGACAGCGCGCACACACUGUGUGGAGUCGAGGUACAAGUUUGCCAUCGCCGUGGAGAACAGCGAGCGGGAGAGCUACGCCACUGAGAAGCUCUUUAUUCCCUUCGAUGCCGGUCAGUCGCUGCCCUGCCUUCCCCCUCGCCAACCCCCUCUCCCCUCCCCUCCUCCUACCCUGUCCCCCACUUUCCCCCUUUUUGUCCCCUCUUCCCCCCUUCUGCCCCGCCUUCUUCCGCUCUCAUCCGUUUUGCCCCCUAAUCACUCCCUGUCUCUGCUUGUUCCCCAACAAUACACUUCUGUCAGCACCACCCUUCCGCAGUCGCCACUCUGCACCUCACUGCACCGCCCUUGCCUCCCAUAUCUCCAGGCACGGUACCGGUGCACUAUGUAUGCUCCGGUAUAG